CGUCACUUCAGUUGGAUGAGAGGCAGUGAGAGGGGAGGACGCAGCGGCGGGUUAUGCAUUGAAACCUGUGUGUCUGUACGGGCGAGAGGGAGGAACGGAAAAAUAACCUUACCAGUCUGAGCUCGAGGCACGGCGGAGGGCGGGGCGAGACAGAAGGCUGCUGAGGGUGUGUUUCCUGACGGGCAGGUGUGCGCAGGUGUAGAAAGAGAAGCAAGAGGAAAAAGGAGGCAGAGAAUUAGAUCGCAGCACCAACUCAUGCGACGCCCCAGCCACCAUGGACGACAACAGCAAGAGGCAAGGCACCAGAGUGUUCAAGAAGAGUUCUCCAAAUGGGAAAAUAACAGUUUACCUGGGCAAAAGAGACUUUGUUGACCACAUCACACACGUUGAUCCCAUAGAUGGCGUUGUCCUGAUCGACCCAGAAUACCUGAAGGACCGCAAGGUAUUCGGCCAUGUGCUUGCUGCCUUCAGGUAUGGCCGGGAGGAUCUGGACGUGCUGGGCCUCACCUUCCGGAAAGACCUGUACCUGGCCUCUGAACGGAUCUACCCUCUGGACACUGCCAACAAGCGGGCACUUACCAGGUUACAGGAGCGGCUUAUCAAAAAGCUAGGACCCAAUGCCUUCCCAUUCUUCUUUGAGCUACCACCGCACUGCCCGGCAUCUGUCACACUGCAGCCGGCCCCUGGGGACAUGGGCAAGCCGUGUGGGGUGGACUAUGAGCUCAAGGCUUAUGUUGGGGAGAGUGUGGAGGACAAGCCUCACAAACGGAACUCAGUGCGACUAGCCAUCAGGAAAGUGAUGUAUGCCCCCAUGAAGCAAGGCGACCAGCCCAGCGUGGAAGUCAGCAAGGAGUUCAUGAUGUCCCCUAACAAGCUGCAUCUUGAGGCCUCCUUAGACAAAGAGCUGUACUACCACGGAGAGACAGUCGCCGUCAAUGUCCACAUACAGAACAACUCGAAUAAAAGUGUUAAAAAAAUAAAAGUUUCAAUCCGGCAGUUCGCGGACAUCUGCCUCUUCUCAACAGCCCAGUACAAGUGCACCGUGGCUGAGGUGGAGAGCGAGGACGGGUGUCCUGUAGGGCCGGGCUUUACCCUCUCUAAAGUGCUGCACCUCACGCCACUGCUUCUUAACAACAAGGACAAGCGCGGCCUGGCCCUUGAUGGCCAACUCAAGCAUGAGGACACUAACCUGGCGUCCUCCUCCAUGGAAGGGUGCCCUGUGGGGCCUGGCUUCUCCGUCAGUAAAGUUUUCUCGCUGACACCCCUGCUCACCAACAACCGGGACAAGUGGGGGCUGGCCCUUGAUGGCAAGCUCAAGGACGAGGACACCAACCUUGCGUCCUCCACUGUAAUCACUGACUCCUCCCAGAAGGAGAACUUGGGCAUUAUAGUGCAGUACAAGGUAAAAGUCAAGCUCAUCCUAGGACCCCUUGUUGGAGACUUGGUUGCAGAACUUCCAUUCACCUUGAUGCAUCCCAAGCCUGAGGAGGAACCUGAGAACAACAAGACUGCUGCCCCAACCACCUCUUCACCAACACAGGACUCUGAAUCCACCCCUCCUGUCGACACCAACCUCAUUGAACUGGACACGGAUGGGACCACUUGCUAUGCUGAUCAGGACGAUGACAUCAUAUUUGAAGACUUUGCUCGACUGCGGUUGAAGGGAGAGACAGAAGCAUAGGACCAACCCAACAGGUGAGUUCUGGCCACAACAAAACCAGUAUUUACUCAGGCUCAGUGCCGAGAAACCAAAUGGAUGUGCACUUGAGAGAAAGCGGCAGGGCAUGUGGCGCAGCCCAGCAGGUGACACGGCCCAGCCUGGGGUGGGGAAGCAGCAGUACUCAUCAACAUGGCUGACACAUGUCCCCAGUGCCACAGAGGAGGGGCCAGCGUGCCUGUGUGUUGCCUCCGUAGCUCUCUAAGAAGUGGAAUUGCCUACUUGUGCUUCAUGUUUUAGCUUCAGCCCUAUACCAUGAAUCCUGUGCUUUUAUUUUAUUUUAGUUUUUUAUUGUUUAUUUCUUUAUGUUUUCCUAAUUUAUACACAUGUUGUAUAUGAAGUAUAUCCUGAUCAAUAGGGUUAUACUUAAUAGUGUAUGUCCUAGAUAUUAGUGGCUUGAUCAACAGAGCACAAUCAAAGUGUGUGUGUGAGUGUCACUGGGAGGGAGUGAUUGGCUCUGUGGCCAUGAAGGUGUAACCAUUUGUAAUGACUCAUGUAGGACAUCACAUCAUUGGUUACUGCACCAUGAUUAGAAACAGAUGAAACAGUUGGGCGGGGAGGUACAUUAUUAUUUCUAACAAAAAUGGAUUCUUUUCUUGAAUCCAUGUAUUUCCUUGUUUCCUGAGCAGUAUUACCUGCCACAGUGAUUUAUACCUUGCUAUUUGCAGCACCAUUAUGAUUUGUGACUUUCAUGUGGAGGAGUCUUUAAAUUCCCGUAUACCUGCGUGUGACACAGAGUGGGAGCAAGAUGAUCUGUGUGUGCAGCCAGCACAGAUCAGCACCAUCUUGAAGAGGCUAAGCUACCUCAGCACACAUGGAGUCAACGUUUCUUUCUGGUGAAUGUGUCGUGACCAAAUAACCUGGCAUAAUGUUGGCCUGCUUGUGUGAAAGCAUCCUUUGCUCUCUAGACAUUUGUGCACAAUUGAUUCAGAAUUUGGUCAUGGUAGAAUGUUUGUGCAAGUGCUUGACUUUACUUUGAAUACAAAUCUAGCAGAACAUAGCAUAAAUCCAGCAAGCGAGGAAGUUUUUAUAUAGGCUGUCCUGAAAUAGACAUCAGUAUUGGAUAUAAUCAUACUGUAAGUUACUUUUUGUACCUGUAGCCAGUGAAGGAAGUGCUGUGCAAAAUGCUGUUUGCACACAUACUGUACAGUGUAGAAGUUGACAUUCUGAUUUAUUUUGUAAUUGACACUACUUGAUGCUAGUUUGCUGAACUUUUUGGUGCACUUAAUUUAGGAAAUGACUUAAAAGCUUAAAUUGUAAUUAUUUGGUUCUGGUAUAUAUAUAUAUAUAUAUAUAUAUAUAUAUAUAUAUAUAUAUAUAUAUAUAUAUAUAUAUAUAUAUAUAUAUAUAUAUAUAUAUAUAUAUAUAUAUAUAUAUAUAUAUAUAUAUAUAUAUAUAUAUAUAUCUUUAUUUUUCAAUGCAUAUCCAUCACUGUCUACAGGUCUUUACUUCAGAUAAAUAUGCCUUCAUCUCAUUAGAAGAAAACUGUUGUUUAUAUUAUGUUAAGCUGGAUAGCAUGUGAUCUUUAAAUAUGAAUAGGACAGUUUUCCUGCAUUGCAAGUUAUGUUGGGAUUAAUGGGCAUAUACAAUUUUAGCCAAAGUUUUAUGGAGCCAUUUAAAGCAACAGUAGGCAGAUUUGUUGUCCCAGGAAAGACCAGCUGUGUAGGGUGACUGUCAGCACUGACCUGGGAUGGAAAGAGUCACCUGUACUUCUGUGUUGGCUCAAAAGAAGACAGACUGCCCAGGUGUAACUUUCCCUUUCACCUCCGUCACCUGUAAAGAGGUACUAGUGGGAGGCUGUGCAUAUUACCUUAGAAAUGUUGGUGAAUAGAGGUUUCAGCAGUUUUUACUUUAUAUUUUUGUUACAUGUUGAAGUGUUUGUCAAAUUGUUCUUACUUAUGCUGGCUGAAAUUUUAAAUCAUGAAAAAAAUUUUGAUGUACUUAUACUGUACUUCAGACUAUAAGGUUUUGUAUGUUUUAAUGGUAAAUCUAUGUAAGUUUGAUAACAAUACAGGAGCUGGGUAUUCAAGUUCCUUCUGUAAUGAGUAAUUAUAGUUUUAUACAAGAUAUAGAAAAAUACUGGGGAAGUUGAUUCAGGACAAAAAAAAUACAUGGCACUGAACCAGCAUGACAGGUUCAAAUUAUAACAUUAUAUAUUAUUUUUAUGAAGUUUUUUGUCACUAACUUGUGUCGUCAUAAUAAACAGGGUCUCUUUUCAUGGGCAUCACAUUGCCUGGGCAUACCAGAUCCUCCACCCUCAGCGGCAGUGCUGACCAAACAAAGGCAAUUAUUUGCAGUUCACAAAUGGCUAAACAUGCACUAGUAUUCUGAAGUUGUUCAUUGCCUCAUCAUAUUGUGGAAGUCUAAGGAAGCUUAUCAUUAGAUAUGUAAAUGUAUCAUGUGUCUUAUCAAUAUUGAAAUCCUUGGAAGUAACACAGCUUGAUGCCUUAAUUUUUCAAUAAUACAAGUGGAAUUGCUGACAAUCUUCAUAUUUUACAUUUAAGGAACACUGGAAUAUUUCUGAAUACUAGUUUCAGCAUUACUUGUAAAGGCUAUGAACAUUUUAUGGAAAGAAAGGAGUUCAUGUUUGGUGUAUUUGUGGCAUUGACUACCACAGUUCUUUUUAGAUAUUUGAGCAUGACAGCACCACAGGUCUUGCCUUCCUGCCAGCUGUUUUUAUGUUUUGUACAGAGGAAAGCACAAAGUUAGGCACAAGAUAGUUUGCAGGACAACAUACAUACUUCACUAGCUAUACAAGACAGUAAUUCAGAAUGCAUUAUUUUUGUACUUGACAAUUCCAGUAAAGUCUUAAGUGUACUUUAAGUCUGAUAACCAGCCUCUGUUCUGUGUAGCAAGGAUUGACAUCUAAGCUGUUAUGUUGGGAGUGAGUUGUGUAUCCCCGGGGCAGUGUUGCUCCAGGCCUCUGUGAUGCACCUAGUGGCUCACUGGCACUGUGUGUGGUCUCAGCCCACCCACACACUUCCCUAUACAUACACCAGCUUGCAGAUACUGUUCACAUAAGAACUCACUCCCGUGUCAUGUGUUUCGUUUUAGUGUCUUCACUGGAUUGCACCAUUUUUGUUGUUCAUUUUAUGCAGCAAAUUCAACUAUUAUACAUAUACAUAUUCACUUGGAGGGGCAAUGGGGGUCUUGAUGUAGAGUGAAAGAUAAUUAUAGGAAAAACAAAAUUUAUCAGUGUGCUUUUUGUUACGCUUGUCUUGUGCUUCAGAGUGAAUGGUACCGACUGUGAGGAUUUAUAUCACCAAAAAGUCAUUGCAUGUGCUAGCGUGUGUACUUGGGUUCUCUGGCCAAGACUCACCAGCUUUAGGUUUCCUGCAGUGAAAAAGACAGACUCAAGCAGGCAAGAUAUUUUGUAUGUAGAUUUAGUGUUGUACGCCAGAAUGUUAGCACAGUCCAGCCAUGCUGACUUUUCUAGGUAUAUUUGUAAAUGGAAAUUAUAAUGAUUUCAUGUAGGUAGGAUAUUGUCAAAAUUGUAAGGAAGUGCACAAUUACUUAUUCAAAUCCUUGUUAAACAGUGGUGGCAGAGACUUGUAGUCCAGAAUCAGCAUAAUAGUUACUGGUGUUAACAGUUGCCAUGCAUCAAUAAACAAAGUGUGGCAGAAGUGCUCAUGCCCAGGGCACAGAUACUGGGUGCCUGGUGCAGCAGUCCUUACAGAACGUGUAGGAAGGACCACAACCCAAGCUGUGCCUCAAAAGACAGGGUCUGCAGUGCUUGUUGAGCCACGGUGUGAUGGAGGACAUUCCUCACCAAGUGUGUGUGCAGUAUUUACUCCUGAAUUAUUCCAUCCAUGAAGCUCACAGCAAGUUUCUUUAAGUGGUGGCAUGGGUAUUAUUUUGGUAAACUGCAUCCUUGGUGGCUCAGGCCCUUUGUGAUCUGUGAAUUAUGGGAAGCUAUAUGUGGCAUUAAGUUUAAUCUUGAAAUAACCUUAGCUGUUUGCAAUUAGGACGCUGUUAUAUGACAGUUAGGAGAUUGUUAUGUGACUGUUAGGAGACUCUGUGGCAGUUAGGAGAGUGUAUGUUGCUUGUUGAGGGGAGAUUCCUCUACUCUUAUGAAAAAAGAAUGUGGUAUGUGAUAUUACCAUGAAGCUGUUAUCACAUUGAUUCAAGACACAUAACAAUAAUACAAUGUACCAGAAAAUAAUAGUUCCAUUUUUAAAUCAGUGGGAUGCAGUUUACCGAACACUUACCGUGGCAUGACCUUGGAAGCCAGUGUAUUCUGGAGGACCAGAGUGAGGCAUGGAAAACAGCAUUCUUUGUUUCCUGGUCACCACCACAGCACCUGACAUGACAUCCCUUGCCCACCAAGCCACACAGAAACUAUGGUCUCAAUCUCUGGCUAUGUUCAUGUUUUGUGAUCCUCUUUCCAGAGAUUGUAAUCUAAAAAUAAUCCCUCAGAAAUAUACAUUGAAUAUUUUUUUAUGUUAGGGAGGAAAACCUACAUUAGAUCAAAUAAUUUUCAGAAUUAAAUCAACAUUUCAAUUAAUGCAAAAAAAUUCAAACAGGCCAACACAAAUUGUGUAACAUAAAACAUUUGCACUUAAGAGUGGUUGUGAGUGAACUAAUGAGACGUGAGUGCCAGGGUGCAAGUGUACGUGUGGCACUGUGACAUGUGGACCACAAAACACCAACAUACAGAAGUGUAACAUGCAGUAGUCAGCAAGGAGAGGAAGUGUCAAAGAGGAAGGUCAACACUUAAGAGGCUGGGAUGCAUUCACAAAACACAGAGCAGGGCACCACUAGUAUUUGUGUAUGUAGUAGGUAUAUGUUUAUAAACUCAUUACAGUUGUUAUUAUUAUUAUUAUUAUUAUUAUUAUUAUUAUUAUUAUUAUUAUUAUUAUUAUUAUUAUUAUUGUUAUUAUUAUUAUUAUAACCAUCAUCAUCAUAUUUAGAAUGUCAUUAUCAUCAUCGUCACCUCUGAAUGUGUGAGAAAAGUCUAGCAGCAUAAGAAGAUUUGCUAUCAUCACAUAGGAGCCCUGGAGCUCAUAGGCUUGAGUUUGGGUAGGUAGGCUUCAGAAGGGUGAGUGGGGAGGAUGUCCAUCAGCAAGCAAAGUAUGUGCGUGUGUGUCAAUGAUGCAAGGAAGGACUGGAAGGACACAAUCUGUUACUCCACUUAGGUAUUCCCUGUUUUUUUUCAAGUGCUCUGCAGAUCAUAAAAAUUUUCCUGAGCCUUGACUUUGGACUAAAUGAAGGUCUCCAUUGAUAACAAGAGAAAAUGUAUAAGGGGACUAUUAUACAAGGCAUGAAAAGUUACCUCUGUAAUUUUCUAAGAGUACAUUUUGCUUUUUCCUCUGCCAUGCUGUAUUUCAGAGCAUUGCUGCUUAAUACAGUUCUCUUAGGCUAUCAGAAAUUUAUUGUAUGUACAGUUUCACAAAAAAUUGGUCACAAAGUUUGUCUAAAAGUUAUUUUAUUUCUUAUGCAUAAGACAUUAUUUUAUGUAUUUUCCUAUAUAUUUGUGUAUAAUAAUGAAUAAAUGUAAGUGUACUA